AUGGAAAACGAUAAUAAUAAUACGACGACGACGACAACGACGAGAGAAUUAGUAGGAGCGCAAAAAAUUCAAACUGCGGGCGUUGUUGUCGCUGAUCCGCAAUCGCGAACGAUAGCGCAAUCGCCUUCGUUCCAAGCGAAGAAGAAACGAAGACAAAGUCUCGGAGGGAGACGCGUUUCGUUCGCUCAGCCGAGAGAAUUGGAGGAAGUGAGAGAGUAUUACAAGGUGCGUAACGAAGAGGGACACUACCCCACAAUUUUGUUUUUUUACUCAAAGAGAGAGAGAGAGAAGGGGAACAAAUAA